AUGUCAAGGGUUCAAACAGCAAAGAGUUAAUAAAAUAUACGUUCAAUUGAGGAGGAAUUAGAACAUUAAAUAAAAAAGUCUGGACUUCUUGAUGCUGAUAGAAAGAAUUUUUAUAAUAAUGCUGAAGAGACUAAGCGUAAGAACAAUGAAAUCAUUGAACAAUUAAAAAAAGAGAAUAGGGAUUUAAAGAAACUGUAAGAUGAGUUAAUUGCAAAUAAAAGAGUAUAUGAGUUAGCAAAUAGUAGGGUGCAAGUGCUUCUUUAGCAAAGACAUAAGGGGCAUUCAUAUCUUGGUCUGGAGACAUAAAAGAUGAGAAUUAUUGGAGACGUAAAUUAGAUGAUGCUAAACACUUAACAAAAGCCAAAAAAGAAAGAUUGAUUUAAUUACAAGAUAAAUUGAAUGAAGUAAGUGACACUAAAUUUGGAGUUCCAGAAGAAUCACCUUUGAUGCGAUAAAUUCGAAUUUUAGAAAAUAACUUAGAUAAAGUGAUGAUAAAAUAUAAUGAAGCAUAAUCAAUUAGAAAAACAUAUGAAUAAAUAGUAAAGAGAUUGAAAGAAGAAAGAGUUGGAUAUGAUAAUUAAUUAGCAGCUAUUGAAAGAUCAUUAAAAGGAAAGGAACAUGAUUAUGAAGAAUUAUUAUUAUUGGCUCAUGAUGCUACACAUGCAAAAGAGUUGGCUUAAGCUGAGUUAAAGAAAUAUGAACAUAAAAAAGCAGCAGUGAGAGAAUUAAGAAAGACAUAUUUAGAUGCAAAGAGAAAAGCAAUUGAAGAGAGAGAAAAAGUGAUAUAGAAAUUGGAAAAAAGAGAAAAGGAUAAUGUUUAAACUUAAGUAGAAUAUAAUACUUCAAAUAUUCCUAUUUAAGAAUCAUCUAAUCCUAAUGUGGAUACAAAUAUCUAGAAAUAAAAGUUGGCUGAUUAUGAAGAAGCAUUUCAUAAAUUAAAAGAAGCUACUGGAUUUAGAGAUGUUAAUGAUAUCAUUUAAAAGUUUACUAGUUAAGAUGAGACUAGCAAAUCUUUGAGUGAUCUUAAAGGAGAAUAUUAAGAUAAAAUAGAAUAAUUAAUAACUGAAAGAUAGAAAUUGAGAGAUCAUUUGAAUGAUUUAAAGUAUGAAGGAGGAGAGGCUUUAACAAGAAAAUAAAUUGAUGAAGUAAAUUUAAUAUUUUAUAUAUUAUUAGAUUGAAAACAAUGUUAAUAAUGCUAUUAAUAAAUGUGAAAGAACUAAAUUAAAAUAUGAGAGAGUUUAAAAAAUAUUAGUUAAUGUAAAGGCUGGUAUUGAACAUUUGUAUGAGAAAUUGGAAUUCUUUAAAUUAGAAGGAAAACCUAAUAUUGUUAUAUCUGAUGAAAAAUUAGUUGAUGGUUUAUCUUAGGUUGUUGAAAAAAUGAAACUUGUUUUAUAAUUAAUUAAGAAUGAUGCAUCUUAUCGUGCAUAAGAUUUCAAAUAGACUUGGAAAGAUUUCAAUAAAGAACAUAUUGAUUAAUUCAUUAAUUUGAAUUUAAGAGAUAACAGUUUAUAUUUGUAUUAUUAAUAAUAGACAUUAAACCAGAAAAUGUUAGUAGAAAUAUUAGAGUUAGAAUUCAAGAUAAAGAAGAUGAUGAUGUUAGUGAUGGUGAAAUAGAAGAUGAUAUUGAUUAAGAAGUAACAGCCAAAUUAAAAUAAAAAUAUGGAGCUUAAGCUAAAGAUAAGAAUGCUAAGAAGUUAAAUAAACCAAAUAAAAAAUGA